CUCCCUACUUAACUUGCUUCUCGCUCCACACGGAUUUCAUGGCGUUUCUCGAGUUCGCUGCAGAUCUGCACUAGACUAUACAUUUCCGUUUAAUUUUGUGUUUAAAAAAAUAAUCGGAAAAUGGUUUACACGCUCUCUGGCGUGCGCUUGCCCGGGGUGCCAUCGGCCUACAACCUCGGGAGCAAUGGCUGGAGCUCGCGCGCCGCCGAUAGGACACCUCGCGUCUCGCUGAUUGUUAAGAAUAAAUCCAAUUCUCGGAAGAUUUUUGCUGGGAAGUCAUACGAGUCUGGUUCCCAGUCAUCAAUGGCAACUACAUCAGAGAAGGUUUUAGUUCCAGGCACUGAGAAUGAUGACCCCUUGUCUCCAACCAAGGAAGUGGAGGUCCACGAGACAGUUUCAGAUAAUCCCAAGAUAUCCGGCGAAAUAGAAAGUUCAGAAACAAAACAUGAACUGAAAGUUGACGAUCAAGAAAAUAUAAUCGAGCUCAGUUCCAGUGAAGUUAUCACAGGGGAAGAUCCCGCUUCUGCACAACUACCAGAUGCACAUGUUGUAGCAAAAGCUGAAGGGACAUCAGAUUCAACGUAUGAAACAACAAGCAGUGAAUCUAUGAGGAUAAGAGGGAAGAUCAUUCCUCCUCCUGGUACUGGUCAGAGGAUAUAUGAAAUAGAUCCAAUGUUGAGCAGUCACCGCCAGCAUCUUGAUUAUCGGUAUGACCAGUAUAGAAAACUGCGUGCAGCAAUUGACAAGAAUGAAGGUGGAUUGGAGGCCUUUUCUCGUGGUUAUGAGAAAUUUGGUUUUGUUCGCAGUGAGACAGGUAUUACUUACCGCGAAUGGGCACCUGGUGCCAAGUCGGCUGUACUUAUUGGAGAUUUCAACAAUUGGAAUCCUAAUGCUGAUGUCAUGACUUGCAAUGAAUUUGGUGUUUGGGAGAUCUUCUUGCCAAACAAUGCUGAUGGUUCUCCUGCUAUUCCGCAUGGUUCCCGUGUGAAGAUCCGUAUGGAUACUCCAUCUGGCAUGAAAGAUUCUAUUCCAGCUUGGAUCAAGUUCUCUGUUCAGGCUCCGGGGGAAAUUCCAUUUAAUGGAAUAUAUUAUGAUCCUCCAGAAGAGGAAAAACAUGUAUUUGAACAUCCUCGUCCAAUGAAACCAAAAUCACUGCGGAUAUAUGAGUCUCAUGUUGGAAUGAGUAGUAAGGAUCCUGUUAUCAAUACGUACGUAAACUUCAGAGACGAAGUUCUCCCUCGCAUCAAGAAAUUGGGGUAUAAUGCUGUUCAGAUAAUGGCAAUUCAGGAGCAUUCGUAUUAUGCAAGUUUCGGCUACCAUGUGACGAACUUCUUUGCACCAAGCAGUCGCUUUGGGACUCCAGAUGAGCUUAAGUCUUUGAUAGAUAGAGCUCAUGAAUUGGGCUUGCUUGUUCUGAUGGAUAUUGUGCACAGUCAUGCAUCAAAUAAUACUUUGGAUGGAUUGAACAUGUUUGAUGGCACUGAUGCCUGUUACUUUCACUCUGGAUCGCGGGGUUAUCAUUGGAUGUGGGAUUCUCGUCUUUUUAACUAUGGACAGUGGGAAGUCUUGAGGUUUCUUCUCUCGAAUGCAAGAUGGUGGCUAGAUGAGUAUAAGUUUGAUGGCUUCAGAUUUGAUGGGGUGACAUCCAUGAUGUAUACCCACCAUGGUUUAGGGGUGGCAUUUACUGGGAACUACAACGAGUACUUUGGGUUCGCAACAGAUGUUGAUGCAGUUGUCUAUUUGAUGCUUGUCAAUGAUAUGAUUCACGGGCUCUUUCCUGAAGCUUUGACAAUAGGUGAAGAUGUCAGUGGAAUGCCAGCCUUUUGUAUUCCUCUUGAAGAUGGAGGUAUUGGAUUUGACUAUCGUCUGCACAUGGCUAUUGCCGAUAAAUGGAUUGAGACUCUCAAGAAAAGGGAUGAAGAUUGGAAAAUGGGAGAUAUUAUACACACACUUACGAACAGAAGGUGGAAUGAAAAAUGUGUCGCCUAUGCAGAAAGUCAUGACCAAGCUCUUGUUGGAGAUAAAACUAUUGCAUUUUGGUUGAUGGAUAAGGAUAUGUAUGAUUUCAUGGCUUUGGAUAGACCAUCCACACCUGUAAUUGAUCGUGGAAUAGCAUUGCACAAGAUGAUCAGGCUUAUAACAAUGGGAUUAGGUGGGGAAGGAUACUUAAAUUUUAUGGGAAAUGAAUUUGGACAUCCUGAGUGGAUAGACUUUCCCAGAGCCGAUCAACAUCUUCCUGAUGGCACAGUAAUCCCAGGAAAUGGGUUCAGUUAUGACAAAUGCAGGCGUAGAUUUGAUCUGGGUGAUGCAGACUAUUUGAGAUAUAAUGGAUUGCAAGAAUUUGAUCGAGCGAUGCAACAUCUUGAAGAAAGAUACGGCUUCAUGACAUCAGAGCAUCAAUACAUAUCCAAGAAAGAUGAAGGAGACAGAAUAAUUGUAUUUGAGAAGGGUGACUUAGUCUUCGUCUUUAAUUUCCAUUGGAGUAAUAGUUAUUCAGACUACCGGGUUGGCUGCUUGAAGCCAGGAAAAUACAAGGUUGUCUUGGACUCAGAUCAUUCACUAUUUGGAGGCUUCAACAGAAUCAGCCACAGUGCAGAGUAUUUUACAUUUGAAGGGUGGCAUGAUGACCGACCCCGUUCAUUCUUAGUCUAUGCACCUUCGAGAACAGCAGUGGUGUACGCAUUAGUAACAGAUGAACCAGAACCUGUUGAUGUUGCUGAUACUGAAAUUAGUAUUGUUGAAGUCUAGCUUUGUAGUUAAGGUGUUGGUGAUUCUGGCUUACAACAACACCUUGCUUUUCUGUCCGUUGCAACAACAUGGGGCUUGCAAACUCUCGAAGAAGCAGAAACUAAGUCGAAAAACAAAUGGAAACAGCAGGUGCGCUAACUUAACUUGUAUCCUCCGGUGGCUAUCUCAAGAUUGUCUGAGUAAUAAAUAAUCCAUCGUCAACUAAACCUCAGUGUAUGUGAUUCUAGAUUGAGUUUUCCCAUCAGAUCUACGAGGAGAUUACGCAUCUGGUUUGGCGCAUAUAAUGAAUUAAGAAUGAAUAUUCCGACUCUGAUGCAUGUCUCCAUGUAUAUUCCUUUGUAUUCGUAUUUAUGUUGUAGCUGGUCCUUUUUGAGCCUGACUUUGAUUUACAUGAAAAAUGAGAGGCAAGCUCGUGUUUCUCAUUAGUGAAAUAUCAUUUUCGUGCCUAAA